AUGCGUGCCAUCAUCCUCCUGGCCCUUUUGGGCUCCGCUCUCGCGGUCCCUAGGAACCCCAGCCGCAUCGUGGGUGGUUCAGCCACAAAUAUUCAGACGUACCCUUACAUGGCGAACAUGCAGUACUCAUCAUUAGGCAUCUUCUUCUCACAUAGUUGCGGAGGUUCCUUGUUGACUACGACUUCUGUGCUCUCCGCUGCUCACUGCUUCUAUGAAGACUUUGAAUGGCAAUGGCGCGUCGUCCUUGGGACCUCGUUCCGAAGCCAAGGUGGCUCUGUCCACUCGAUCCAGCGUAUCAUUAUGCACCCUCAAUACAUCGAUGAGAUUUUGAACAAUGACGUCGCCGUCGUUCGUCUCAACGUACCGGCUGUGUACUCCAGCAGCAUCCGACCAGCGAGGAUUCCAGGCCCUGAAUAUCACUUGGCUGACGGAUCUCUUGUAACACACGUAGGCUGGGGCAGACAAUGGACUGCCGGCCCAUUAUCCGAGCAGCUGCUACAUGUUCACCUGAACGUCAUCAACCAGGAAGAGUGUGCAGCUCGUUACGCUUACCUGAAGACUCAGCCUGGUUAUGAGGAUUGGCCAGACAUCAACGAAGGCAUGGUGUGCGCUGGGAUCCUGGAUGUGGGCGGCAAGGACGCCUGCCAGGGAGACUCUGGCGGUCCCCUCGCUCACCAUGGAGACAUUAUCGUCGGUGUCACAUCUUGGGGAUUUGAAUGCGGUCAUUCCUUCUACCCUGGAAUCAGUGCUCGCGUAUCUCAAUAUACUGAUUGGAUCGUGGCUAACGCCAAUAAUAAUUAA